AUGCGAACGUUGACGAGUGAGGUGAGUGGCGUGCAUGGGAGUGAGUUGUUGUCGGUGUUGAUGUGUCGGAACGCCAGCCGGCCGGAGUUGGACGAGAGUGUGGCACAGGUGGUGACGAUGCGCGUGGGUAGUGGUGAUGUGACGGCUUUGGUGUUGGCGCCCAAGACAGCGUUUGAGGUGGAGUUGGACCCUGCCAGCGAGCUGGCGGUGGAGACGGUGGUGGCGGAGGGCGAGGACUACGACUGGUUCGAGCACUGGGACCGGAUGGUGGUGUUGCGAUCGAAGGAGGGGCCGCCCAGUGACAAACGUGCGGAGGCGGUGCUGCUGGGUGCUCUGCGGCGACGGCUGGAGCGAAGCGUGGCGCAGGAUAACCAAAUGGCGACCGAUGCCGUGGACGCACUGUGUGCCGAGGUCUUUGACGGCGUGGACGAGCUGUACCGCAUCCUGGAGGAAGAGGGCGAGGGCGAGGGCGAGAUGCAGCGUCUUGACGGCGACGGGGACGACGUCUCGGUUGCCUUAACUCGGCCGGUGGAGCCUUCGGAGUUGAAGGAGCUCUUGACGCAGGUGCCCGUAGACUUUAGACCGGCUUUACGAAGGGCGGUGGUGUGGAAGACUGAAGGCUGGAAGGACGUGGAGGUCGCGCGGUCGUGGUUGGGGCAAGCACCGUGGUGGUUUGUUCCCGUUGUCAUCCUCUCUCCUAUCCUGGUCUCGCAAGCCGCACAUUUCGGGUACAACUGGUGGACGGGAACGCCGCCGGUGACGCCGCCGGUGACGCCGCCGAGUUGCCCGGUGCGCUAUGGCCUGCCGAGCGCCCUCAGUAUGGACCGCCUUAAUCGAUCCUGGAGGUUGGGCGAACCCGUGCCGACGGAACCCUGCGGCAGCGGGACUCUGUUCUGCAACAAGCUGAACGUCGGUAAGUACUGCAGUGAGUUCGGUAGCCCCUGGCCCUACUCCUUCCCCAGGGUCUGGAACAACACCGCUCUGAUCCCAUUCGACAAGUGCAGCAUAUUCUGCCAUACCCCCGAAGAAGUAGACAGCAACCUCGUCAGAAGGCUUCUCGCACAGUUCCCGGACCAAGCAAGGCUCCUGAAGAAUUUGAUCGUCGCGUCCCCGCCGCGAGAGGAUCAGGUGCCACAAGUUUUGCUGACUCUCGACCCGAAGUGCUCAGGCUCGGGUGGGUCGCGGCAAGAACUCAGCAACCUCCACGAUUGCCACUGCCACCUAGCCCACGUCACCUGCGGGUUGAUGGUGAAGCGCGACAACACGUCGCAUGAUGUCACUUUCACCGACCUGGACGCGCCGCUGACCCGGGUGCUUGACUCCUUCGCCGACUACCCCGAAGAGGAAUACGACGUCAACAACUGUACUCACGGGUGCUACCGCUGGAGUACUGCGUGA